AUAGAUAGUGUGCGAGCCUACUCGCAGUUUAUGUCCACUGCCCAUCUGGCAGAUGGAGACGGGAAUCCAAUCAUGCCCGUGGUCGAAUUCGCCCCAAACCAAAGCAACGGCUUGUUACAGUCCAAGACAAAACGUUCAGCCGGGAAUCCCAAUGCGUCCAAAGGCAAAUCGCGGAAAGCGGAUUACCGAGCCAACACCCUGGAAACGGACAAAGACUACCUUGCUUUUCUAGAGGUGCUCUCUGCUGAGCGAGAAGAGAUCUACAACGCCAAUUUACAUACUGAAAGUGACAAACCGAAGGUGGACAGUAAGGAAGUUGUGGCGACGCCGUUGUUGGAUUUUAUCAAGACAAUCAAGAGUUCUCGGAAAGGUGGUUCUGGGACGGGCUCCUCUGACAAGCGCAGCAACAGGCGGAGCGAGAAGACCGGAACAUCCAGCACAUCGCAAUCCAGCAGCAGCACCACAAAGAAACGCCGAGAACGCGACCCAGAGAAGCGCGAGGAUCAGAAGGUCUACAAGGUCAAGAGAAGUACUAGGCCCAGUGGUGACGGGGAGAAGCGUGCGUCGAACAAGAAGUCAGCCUUUGGCGGCGAUCUCACGGCUGAAACUAGCAAGGGCGAUACCGCAGUCAGAGGUUCAACUUCAUCACCAGUCAAGAAAAAGGAACGCAAACGUCGGUCAGACAGAGCCACCGGCGAGACUGAGGCGUCUGCUGGGGAUGGCCCUGGCAAUGGCAAGGAGAGGCACACGUCGUCGUCUACUUCGUCCUCUUCUAAGAGACGGUCAAACCGAGACCCGGCCAGCACUGGGGGCUCGAGCAGAGGGGCUGCGACAUCGGCCACGGCACCAGGCGGUGCAACCGACUCAACCACCAAGAAGACGAGCAAGCCACCGUCGGCAGCCUCGGCGGAGUCCAGGGCCAAAUCCUCGAAGAGUGGGUCUGGAUCCGGGUCGCGUUCGCGUCGAGGUGGUGGUGGUAGUGCGAACAAGACCAGUAGCAACCCCCCUGCUUGA